UGCUCCAUCUAUGAGUUCAUGCCACUUAUUUAAUAAUAUCACAGAUUCAAGAUUGUGUGAUUCAUAUGACCCGUGAUAAUACAACUACUCUGUAGCAGAUAAGUUAAGAUUUUUGAAGCGGGAAAAGCGUGUUUGUUUACUUUUAUUCAAUAAUUCGAAGUUUUUUAAUUUUUAUCUGUGUUGUUCAAUAUUUCACGUGAAAUUCUUCCAUUUACUAAUUGCUUUUCUUUAUAACUAAUGACUAUUUUUUAAUAACAAAUGUCAUGGGGCCGAUUCCAGUCGAUCGUAUUAUAAGCAUUAGCAGUGAAGACCAAGCACACAAAGCAGAAAAUAUACUCAACGUCUCUGAUUCACAUCAGACAUGGCGUUGUAAAUCAGGUGAAAAACAAGCUACGGUCAUUCUUCAAUUUUUGAAACCGUCUGUCAUUAGUUCCAUUGACGUUGGAAAUGAUAAUUCUGCUUUUGUAGAAAUAUUUGUAGGAAAAUCUACUUCUGACGAAUUUCAAGUACUAUUGGUAACUUCUUCUUUGAUGACAUUGCAUGAAUGUAAAAAUGGAUUAAAUGUUAACAAAGUCCGUUUCUUUGACACUGACCAUCUAUCUUCGGCAUCUAAGGAAUCAUGGGAUAGAGUAAAAAUUGUGUGUACACAACCAUACAUUAAACAGAGCAAAUAUGGUUUAUCAUUUGUAACAUUUCAUUCAAAAGAUAUACCUGAGGAUAUACCACAAAAAGAGCCUAUCCAGUCACAAUCUAUUCAGUUAGGAUCUUUUACAUUAAGAAAUGAUGAUGAUUCUGACAAUAUUUCAUCUGUGGGUCGAUUAUUUUCUAUGCGUAAUGAAAAUAAAGACGUUGUACGGAUGCCAGAUUCACCAGUUAAUCGUUUACUUGCAAUACAUAAAAAAAACUUGGAAACAGCAAAACUUAAAAAUGAAAAUUCUACAAAUAUUAAUAUUCAAACACCUUUAACAAACAAAAAAAUCUCCAAAUCUCCAAAAGAUUCUGUUAAACUAAAAAAUGUUGAUUUAAAUAUUAAAAAAAAAAAUACAGUUACAAUGGAAGCUGUUAAAAAUAAAGUUACUAAAAAGAAAGAAUCAAGUCCAUCAUCACUAAACUUGGAACCAUCCAGAAAAAAAAUUAAAUUAAUUAAAAAUCCAUUACCAGUAACAAAACCGUUCAGUGAAUUAUUAAACAAUGUUGUAUUUGUAAUGAGUGGCUAUGAAAAUCCAUAUCGUAGUAACAUUCGUUCAAAAGCUUUGGAAAUGGGUGCCAGAUACAAACAUAAUUGGGAUUUGUCUUGCACACAUCUAAUAUGCGCUUUUAUAAAUACUCCAAAAUAUCGUGAAUGCAAAAGACAAGGUGCCUAUCGCAUAGUAAAAAGUGAUUGGAUUGAUAAAUGUCAUUCAAAUAAAUGUCGAUUUCCAUGGAGAAGGUAUGCUUUGGAUAAAUUGGAACAAAAUAAACCAGAAAGUGAAGAUGAAAUUUGUGCAUCUACUGAUUCAGUUGAAACUGAUGAUAGUGAUGAUGAAUGGAACAGCGCCUCUACAAAACCAGUACCCUCAACAUCACAAACAAACUAUAGUUCAGUAAUUGAAAAAAAUACUACAAUAUCACCGUAUGAUUUAGAUACUGACAUUGAUUCUGAUUUAGAUGUUCCUAAAGAUAUAUUAGCCGAUGAAAGCAUUUUACCAUUGCCAUUUUUAGAUAGUAUAUUUCGUAAUUGUUUAUUUUAUUUAUCAUCCAGUUUAAACCCUUUGUUAAAACAAGAAUGCAAUCGCUACAUUAUAGCACUUGAAGGAAAGUUGAGUGAAAAGGAUAAAUGUGACUAUAUUGUUUCAACUGAUGCAAAUGAUUUACAAAUUAAGAAUUCUGUUACUCCACAAUGGAUUAGGGAUUGUUAUGAUGCAAGAAAAAUAUUACCUUUAAAAUAAAACUUGUCCCUCUAUUACCUACUAAAAAAAAAAGAUGUAAUGGUUUAAUCCUCUGUACUCAUGUUUAAUGAUAGUGCAUAAUAAUUAUUAUAUCUUAGAUUGUAUAUUAUAUUUAUUUUUAUAAGUAUUUUAGAAUAACAAUUAAUAAAGUAUGUUUUACUAUUAUAUAGUUUUUGUUGAUUAGGCACUCUGAAAACUUUUAACUACUAUUCUUAGGACAUGAUAUGGAUAAAUAAUAACUAGGGAAUGGAUUUCAUUGUAAUGCAUAUUUUAAUCGGGUUUACCUAACUAAUAAAUAUUAAAUAAUGAUUAAAGACAAA